AUCACAAACCCGCCCCACGACCCCGCUUCCCGUCGCAAACGCAAUCCCUACCUGCACCAUCGAAAACGCCAAGCAAUCUAAUUAUCAUCAGGAAUUUCCAUCAUGAGCAAGCUCGCCAGCCAAAUCAUCCCCCUGGUCAUCGCGCUGGUGGUGCUCGCCGCCAUUGGCUGGGUCGUCUACGAGGUGCUGCAGAGCGCGAGCAAGAUCGGCCAGCGCGCUGAGAAGAGCAUGGCCAAGCGCAACAUGGUCUUCACCAAGGACGGCAUGAAGGUUGGCGUCAAGCACUACGAGGAGGAAAAAUACGUCGACAAGACGCAGAGCUGGGUGGUCAAGGCGUGGAAUCUCGCCGAGGAGGGCAAGACUGCUGAAGGAAGCGGGAGUCGGAGCAGCAAGCAUGACACGACGCGCACGACGACGGCAACGACAACGACAACGACAACGAAGCGGAAAUGAAACCGACGAUGAUCGGCACGGAGUAAGCAUGUGAUUUAUGUGGUUGGGCGUCUCUGUAGUGCUUUG